UGACGUCACUGUCCCGAGGACCCGCGCGCCAGCAGCGAGCAGGUCGCACGGGCGAAGUUCCCCCGUCAUCAGAUACGGAUUCAGAAGGAAGUCAACCCGCUGCUAAAAGUCUUCCUCUGUCAACGGCGAAAACUGAACUUCAGUGCAAUGGCUGAAGAAAGCAGCGUUCGCUUAGGAGGCUUCGUCGAUACCACCACCCACGUGGACGUCAAGGAUUACUACGGGAAGGUGCUGAAGAAGUCCGCAGACCUGAUGAGCAAUGCCUGCGUGACUCCUGCCAAAUCCGUGCCUGCCUUCAUCCGCCGGGCGCUGGAGAAAGUGCACCCCGAAGUCACCGACAGGUACUACGGCUGCGGUCUGGUGGUGCCGGAGUGUUUGGAGGGCUGCAGGGUUCUGGACCUGGGCAGUGGAAGCGGAAGGGACUGCUACAUGCUGAGCCAGCUGGUGGGCGAGACGGGCCACGUCACUGGCAUUGACAUGACCGAGGACCAGCUUGAUGUGGCCAGGACAUAUGUGGACCAUCACGCCAAAGAGUUUGGCUACAAGGAGUCCAAUGUUAGUUUCGUCCAGGGCUACAUUGAGGCCCUGACAGAAGCGGGUUUGGAAAAGAACUCCUUUGACAUCAUCAUGUGCGAAGUCAAUUACUCUCUUUGUUUCAUUUGUUUCUGCUUUGUAACUAAAGAAAUCAAGUUGAAAGCGCUGAUUUUCUGCCACAGUUCCAACUGCGUGGUGAAUCUAUCUCCAGACAAGAAGAGAGUUCUGGCUGAAGCCUACAGUGUGCUCAAGGAUGGAGGUGAGCUGUACUUCAGUGAUGUUUACAGCAGCGGAAGACUAACAGAGGAAAUUAAAAAUCACAAAGUCCUGUGGGGCGAAUGUCUUGGUGGAGCGCUCUGGUGGAAAGAUCUGCUGCAGUUGGCCGAAGAAGUGGGCUUCAGCCCCCCCCGGCUGGUGACCGCCAGCGUCAUCACUGUAGACAACAAAGAGCUGCAGGACAUUUUAGGUGACUUCAAGUUUGUCUCUGCCACCUACCGCCUGUUCAAAGUCCCUAAAGGCAACACCAAGCCCAGUCAGGUCAUAUACAACGGGAGCAUUACAGGUGUAGAAGACAGCUUCCAGUUUGACUGUCAAUACACAUUCAAGGUUGAUAAUGUGGUGGAGGUGGAUGGAGAGGUGGCCACCAUCCUGACCCAGUCCAGAUUUAUGGACGACUUCACUUUCCAGCCAGCGGGAGGCCGCAGUGUGUCCUGUGGAGCUCUAACUAAGGCAGGCAUUGUGGAUCCUUUUGAGCUCGUCCUUCAGCUGGAGAAACAAAGUCCAGGUUCAGCCACAGGGGGAUGCUGCAGCACACAGUCUGCUGCCUGCUGCAAGUGAUGGUGGGAAGAGCGCUGAGAAAUACGGGCCCAGCAUCACUUUCUAUAAAUACCAGAAGCAGUGCAAAUGUACUGACUUGUAUUAUGCCUCAUGAUGCAAUGUCUGUAUUUUGUAUCUUGUUAACUAAUUCAUCUGAGACCAGAUUUCAGCAAAUGAAUCACUUAAACAGAUACAUGUGUCUCAUUGAUGCUCUGUGAAUACUUAAAAGACUGGAAAGGUUCAUUUUAAUAAUAAAUAACAUAACUUUGUCUUUAUAUUGAGGCAGGAUCCAAAAAGCCAUAUUUAUAAACUUGAACACUAUUGGUGCCUUCUUCUUAUACACAUAUUUGUCCCAUAUGUCUGCAAUCUUAGAGAUCUGAAUGUGCAUUUGUGAAGACUGUCCCACCUUUGGACCACUGGGUCACUCGAUAUAAUAACACCACAAAAGAAAUUGAUUUGUUUAGUCAGUAUGUUGACAGGGUUUGCAUUAGUGUGAUAAAACAAUACACGUCAUA